CGAUCCUGAACCUCAGUAACGUAACCAUCAGUCCAACGCAGCAUCAAAUAAAUAAAUCGACGCAUGAUAUUCAGUGAAUCAAGGAUAAAAAAGGUUCGACACCAAAACAGCAGUCAUAACCUCCACCAUGGCCGAGCCCAAAUUCCAUAAAGCCGAUGCCAAGGACCUCCUCGAUGACAGAGGCUAUCGCGGGACUCUAAUUCGCGGUCAAAAUCCUGCUCUUCUUAUGGAAAAAGGUGUCCGCGACCGUAUCAUCGAUUCUUAUUAUUGGAAAGAGCAAUGUUUUGGUUUAAACGCUGCGACAUUAUGCGAUCGCGCGGCAGAGCUCAAAUUCAUCGGUGGCACAUCCGGCAUUAUGGGAAAACCUACACCAUUCCUAUGUCUUGCCUUCAAACUCCUACAGCUCAUUCCACCCAAAGAGGUCAUUCUCGAGUACCUCAACUUCUCUGGCGACGAAGGGUACGAAUCAGACGAGGACCGUCCCAAGGAAGAACCUCGAAAUGCAGACGACGAGCCCGCAGCACGCAAUGGAGACGGCUCGAGAAUCCUGGACCCGAAUGCCGAGGGGAAACUAGGGGAGUUCAAGUACCUGCGCUGCUUGGCUGCUUUCUACAUUCGCCUCGCAUGGGAACCGGUGGAGAUUUACACCACCCUUGAGCCCCUGCUGACUGAUUUCCGGAAGAUCAAGAGGAGGACGAAGAAUGGGUUCCAGCUUACCUACGUUGAUCAAUUCAUUGAUGAUUUGUUGACCAAGGAUCGAAUCUGUGCAACGAGUCUGUGGAAGUUACCGAGUCGGGCGAAUCUUGAGGACUUGGAUAUGCUGGAGCCGAGAGAAAGUCCCCUGCAAGAAGAGGCGGAUAGGAGCGAUGACGAUGAUGGAGAUAUUGAGCUUUUGGAGAGGGAAGAAAUGGAGAUGGACCGUGAUAGUGACGCCGGUGCUGGUAGUUCCGAGCAAGGUGACUGACUGAAGUGAAGAGAAUCAAUUGGCAUAAAAUAGACGCAAACCUAUCUACCAGUAUACAUGGUCGAGGGGACCAAUAUAUGCUGUGCUUGUACAUAGUAACACAGACAAUUUCUAGGUGUUGAGCGAUCCUCAAGGCGCUUCACGCCCCCAGGUACCUCCAGACAGAGACCUUUGUACGGCCCUGCCUAGGCGUUCACGGCCACAUGGGGGCAGGACAUUAGGUACGAAAGACAUAUCAAGGCUAAGAAAGAAAGCCAGCCAAUAAGUAUUACAUACGAAGGCACGCGGAAACAUUCAUUACCUGCACAUUUGGAGCCUACAUCACAAU